CUGGGUUCUAUAUAAGUUCUCUCUCCAUUCUUCACCAAUGUUGGGAACUUUUGCUUCUCUUUGAAUUGGUUUGUUCUUUUUUUCUCCUUCUCUUUUUCUUUCUUGUUCUUAUGUGUUUUUACAAGCCUCUCCAUCUAUAUUCUGCUCACGCAUCUCAAACAGCUUCCACUCCUUCUUCCCCUUCCGCUCCUUCCUGCGUCUUUUAUUCUCUUGUUGACGAUAUUUUGCCUGCCACCAUGCUCACUCCUAGAUCCUCCCUAGACAAGAAGAGACCCUCCGUCGAGCUUCCCACUUAUAACCACUCUGCUCAAAGCUCCAAUUUGAAAGAGCAAUUUGAUGACUACAAAGAGAAAUACAUGUCUCAAGAAUCCAUCGUCUCCUCCAGUGAUGAGAAAUCAUUCAAACUUAAGGUUUCCACGCUCAUUAAAGACUCCAAUGUGUUUUAUUCUGAUGAGAAGUUCGAAUUGCCAUCGCCAGUUACGCAAUCCACUCACCAUCGCUCAUCUUCUUCUUUGUCGUCCAUCCAACUAUCCAAGUCUUUGAAAAAACAGUCCAAUGUCGUUAAGCAAGGUGUUGUUGUUUACUUGUUUCUAUUGUCUGUUUUAUUCUACUUGAUUUUCUCAGGCGAGACUUAUAUUCCUGCCACUUCAUACGAACAUAAAUUUUUUUCAUCUUCCAAUGCUCUUGCCCACUCUGCUGUUGAUGACAUUGCCAUGCCCUGUCACAAUCAUGACGAGUCUCACAUCGACAAGACCAUUAUUGAGCUAUCUCCUUUCAGCGAUCCAAAAAAAAUUAACGUCAUAUCCACCACCACUAUUGAAGAUAAACAGGUUCAAGUCAAAUCCACUGACUCGAGCUCUGAUUCCGAAUCCAAGUCUUACAACGUCAAAACUCAAAAGCUACUAAUUGAUGAAGAUGGUGACGGUUUGGGUGAAUCUUACUAUUUAAUUGAGCAAUAUAUGUUAUUAGAUUAAAUCGACUUAGCCUCAAAUUCAACUUAGUUCUAAUCAAUUUAAUCUGGCAACGUUCUUGCUUGGUGUUUCUUAUUGGUUUUUUUUAUUGUUCAGAUUGUGGUUCAUUAUCGAUAUUAGCGUCUAAAAAUUUUUCUUUGCUCCCUUAGUUAUUAGUUAUUAUCUAAUUUGGUCUUUCGUUUCUGGUUAUUUUUUCAGGCUUUUUUUGGCUAUCCUAUUUUUGUUUCAUUUAAUAUUUUUUUUUUU